UUUUUACCUAACCUUACGUAAAACGGGUGCCCAAGUUGGCAGUCCAUGAGCUAACCUAACAUUGUAUUCAGUAGUAAACCAUCUGUCAAAGUGGCUCAGUUGUGAUAGAAAAAAUACAGAAUGGCAGAGAAUUCUAAUAAUCCUUAUGGUAUUGAUGGACCACACUUCAAUGCCGAUAUGUACUUUCAAAAAUUAAUCAAAGAAUGUACAUUAAAACAAAUCAUGGACCAUGAAACUGAAAUUAUAAAAAACACACAAACAUUGCAUUCGGAUAUGCAAACAUUAGUGUAUGAAAAUUAUAAUAAAUUUAUAUCUGCUACAGAUACUAUUAGGAAGAUGAAGACUGAUUUUAAAGAAAUGGAAGAGAGUAUGGACCUGCUGGCAAAAAAUAUGGAUAGUAUCACAUCCUUCUCUGAACAGAUUUCAUCAACAUUGCAAGGCACUAGAAAUCAAAUUGCCAAAUUAUCUUCCGUCCAUGCCCUUUUAAAAAAAUUACAAUUCCUAUUUAAGUUACCUAGCAAUUUGAAAGAUAAGAUGAAUGAGGAAAAUUAUGCAGAGGCAGUGCAAGAUUAUAUUCAUGCACAGCGUGCAUUAAAUCAAUAUGGCAACAUGCCAUCCUUCCAAGGAAUAGAGAAAGACUGUAAAGAAAUUUUAGAGGAACUGAAGUCAAGAUUAAGAAAUCAAUUUCACAAGAGGGAUGCAUCAACUAAGUCUCUGGCUGAAAAUGUGAAUCUGUUAUUACAAUUAAAAGAACCAGCUGAUUCUUUAUGUGAUGAAUUUUUAACACAUGCAGAUCAAAGGCUGACAGAGCAAUUAGACAAUUUAAAAGACAUAUGCGAAAAUGAUAUUUCAGACUUUGUAGAUAUGGCUAGUUCUGGAUUUCUUAGUGAUCUGUGCCUUAUUGUUGCAUCUUACAAUGAUCUCUUUGUGAAUAGAGAGCUAGUAGAAGACAAUGACUUUUCUGAUGAUUUUGAAACAAAAGCCAUCGCACGUUUGAAUGAUUUUAUUAUGAAGAACAUGAAGAAAUACUUUGAUUUAAUUAGCAAAAGAGUAGAAAACGUGGCUGAUACAGCAGUCUUAGUUAGAGCCUUAGAUAAAUUUCAUAGAAAAAUACAAGCAAUGAAUAUGUUGUGCAAAGAAACAGAGUUUGCAAGGACUGGCACAGACAUUGUCAUCAGUGCAGGCAGGAAACAAUGUCGCAAUCAUUUAGACAAUUUAAAGCAACACUUAAGCGAGUCGCUCGGAAAAGUCAGACAAAUAGUGGCGACCAAAACUUACGAAAAUCAAGAAGGUGGUCUAGCAGAAGUUAUACCCUUUCUUAUCAUGUCCAUCAUAAAGAAAGUUAAAGGAGUUCUCCAAGAUCUAUUGGUGUUCCUACAACCAGACUUGUCAUUCAGUUUAAAAACACAGUUCCUCCAAAACUUCUGCGUGGAUGAAGUGAGGGAAGGAUUGGUAGUAGGCUUUCUCCACCACUUAGUGGCAACAGCAAGUGGAUUCUGUACUGGAUCCGACAUCCCCAAAUGUCCACCGACCCUUUUACUCUUACUGAGUAAAAUGUGCAUAGAAUACAAAGAGAAUAACAUCAAAUACUUGCUCACGACAACCGACAAGCUGCUGAACAUAGAGCAGUACACAUGCUCGGGGAACGUGAUUACGUCUGACACAGAGCUAUGCAAGGAGUUCCAGGAAGCUGCUCAGAAUUUAUUAAAUUAUUACGUUCGUAUUGAAGGCUUAGCAGUGUCGCGAUUGAUAAGGAAAUCGGUGGAGACGAGGGAUUGGUUGCACACGAUCGAGCCGAGAACAGUGAGGCCCGUGAUGAAGAGGAUAGUGGAAGACGUUACGGUAAUCGAUUCACAAGUUGCCUUUCUAUUCGGCGAUUCGGAUGGCCAGGUGGACAGGAGCAGCGACAGCAGCAGGAAGACCCAAAGCGUAAGCGUGUCGAGACACCACUACAGGUCCAGUUGGUCAUCCUACACGCCCAGCCACAUAGAGUCCUCGUUGGUGAACAAAAUCCAUAAACUGUUCUCCCCGCGGAUCGAGAUCUUCUCGUCGGUGCAAUUCAACAAGGCCUCCAUUCUCACCGGGAUCAUCAAGAUCAGUUUAAAGACAUUCCUGGAAUGCAUCAGAUUACGGACGUUCAGCAAAUAUGGCCUGCAGCAGAUCCAGGUCGACACCCAUUACCUGCAGCUGUACUUGUGGAGAUUCGUCUCUGACGAGAAUGUCGUAAACUGCCUGCUGGACGAAAUACUGGGAAGCGCUGUGCACAGAUGCUUGGAGCCGAACUUAAUGGACCCGAGCGUGGUCGACAUUAUUUGCGACGGAGGACGAAUAGCGGAGUGAAGAUGAUCUCGAGUGUUAUACAAGUCACACGUUGUACAGUCUUUUCUAGUAUACACACAUUGUUCUGACCUGUUAUUUCUGUAAAUAAGUAAAUAGCAUCGCAUAACACCGAGCAUGUUUUUUCGUAUUUUUGAUACGCGAAGCGCUGUGUACAUUCCAUGAAUAAAUCUAAUGGCGAAGACCCGUGCCGGAC